AUGCCCCACGCCAUGUCGAUGCCCUCACCAGGGUUGCAAGCACUCAUCCUUUGCGGACCGGGAUCAUCAUUUCCGACAUUCACGUCAAAUCCCGAUGAGAACCCCAAAGCUAUUCUGCCCAUUGCCAAUCGGCCGAUGGUGUGGUAUCCCAUUGACUUUUGUCGCCGCAUGGGCAUCUCACACAUCACCCUGAUAUGCCCUCCAUCAGCGUCCAAAGCCGUGGGUUCAGCAUUCAGCAUGAACCCUUUUCUCACUAGCCUACCUCUCCCUAGACCAGACAUCCUCGCACCGGCUGACCUGGACUACAACACGGGAACCGCGGACAUCCUUCGCCUCCCCGAAGUUCGCAACCUCAUCAGGUCGGACUUUGUCGUUCUGCCUUGCGAUCUUGUCUGUGAACUGGGCGGAGACAAGCUCCUUCAAGCAUGGAUGGUCAAGUCUGCGAGCUUGACCGAUCUGCUAGGAGAUGGAAACUGCACAACGGGCCACCAAAGUCGUCACAGUGGCGGGCUUGGAGUUUGGUACAACACGAUGUCAGGUACGGUUGUUGAAGGCGAAGAAACCGACUUCAUCGCCACCUCACCCCUUCCUUCCUGGCAGCCGGGCACACAAAGGGGAUCAAUUUUCCCCAAGCUCUCGAAGCUAGUUUACUCGAUGCCCACGGACUCGUUGAACGACAUCACAGAGGAGAAGAAGUCGCUGCCAGUCCGGCACGGGUUGCUGAGGGCGCACCCCCGCAUCCGGAUGCUGACCACUCACCGAGACGCACACAUUUACAUUUUCCCCCGGUGGACGCUGGACUUUAUCAAGGAGAAUGAAGGAUUGCAUAGCAUCGGUGAGGACGUGCUCGGCUGGUGGGCCAAAGCCGGAUGGCAGGCCGGACUGGCAGACAAGCUGCACAUGACGACGGUUUGCGACGUGGGCAACUCUGAAGAUGACGGCCAUUCCACUUCGGAGAGCUUCGCCUCGCAACCACAUGAUUCAGAAGGCGCAGGAAUGCCGUCCACACGAGGACCAAGCGGUACCCAGUCCACCAUUCAACACAAAGGUACAAAUCCACAAGCAAAGCAGAGUAUCCCGCCGGUCGUCGCAUACAUUCACUCGGGCGAGGGACAAGACAAGCCCCCCAUCAUCCGCCGCGUUGACACGGCACAGCUCCUGCUGGCCGUAUCCCUCCAACUCGCCAAGCUCGAGUCGGUCGAAGAAGUCGGGGCUUCGGCAGCGUCGCCCUUUGCGCACGCAAGAAAGGUGGCAUACCCCAAGGGAGUCAAGUCACUGACAAUGAUUAGCAAACAGGACAGCCUGAUUGCCGACAACGUGACUGUGGAGGAUAAGGCGGCCAUCAAGGCAUCCGUCGUUGGAGCCAACUGUCAGAUCAACGAAGGAGCCAAGCUGUUGCAGUGUCUGUUGAUGGACGGAGUGGUGGUUGGGAAGGGAUGCAAGUUGAUAAAGUGUAUCCUGGGCAAGAGGUGUGUCAUCGGAGACUACUCCGUGCUGACCGAUUGCGAGGUGCAAGAGAACUUGAUGGUAGAACCACGAAGUCUGGAAAGGGAUACCAAGCUCAUGAGCUCGGAAGGCCUGGAGGCAACAGACGACGAGAUGGACGAGGUCCUUCAGGAUGUACACCGCGAAGUCGCGGCCGUCACAGAUGAUGCCAUCCAAGACUAG